AUCUCGUCCUGGAAUUGAAUUCUGAUUAUUUCUUGGAGUGGAAUAUAAAUUUGGAAACAAAAAAUCGUGUGAUACUGCCCGGUUAGUGAGAAAGUGUGAGAUAUCGACACGGAUUAUAUCAUAGAGGAUUAACGGAUUAGCAGCAUGGUAAGAGAGACGUAUGUGGUGCAGCCCGGUGGCAGUGCUCCUGGUAAAGGCUGUACAGACAGGGAGAAGAUCUUUGUAUUUUUAACGAUUGUAUUUGCUCUCUUAUCACUGGCUCUGAUUAUAGUCUUAGCUCUGGAACUUACUCAGGAUAGCUAUUUUGGAGGUGGAUCUGAAGAGAGAACAUGUAUGUCAAGAGAAUGUGUCAAAGACUCUGCAGCAUUAUUGAACUCUCUGGAUUCAGCAGUGAACCCAUGUGAUAAUUUCUACCAAUACGCCUGUGGAAACUGGAUGAGAAACCAUAUUAUACCUGAAGACAAGUCCCGGUACCAGCGGUUUGACGAAACUCGAGAUCAGGUGGAUUUGAUGUUAAAAGCUCUCCUAGAAGCUCCAGUAUCCAGAACGGAAAGUAACGCCACGAAGAAAGCAAAGUGGUUAUACAAAUCAUGUGUGAACGAAGUGUUGAUCGACCAGAGAGGUCUCGAUCCUUUGGGACCAUUAUUUCACGAUCUUGGAAGUUGGCCAGUGAUAACGCCUCAGUGGGAUGGACGUGGAUUUGACCUGGAAGGAAUGUUAAUACUGCUGCAUGAACUGAACUCUGGUUACCUUCUCAGUGUUGAUGUCAGACCCGAUGAUAAGAACUCUUCUCGAUAUGUCAUAGUGCUAGAUGAAGGAAGCCUUGGUUUACCGUCUAAAGAUUACUAUCUUCGUGAUAGAGAGGAUAAAUAUUUAUCAGUUUAUGAACAACUGGCUCGAGAUCUGGCUAGAAUGUUUGGUGCCGAAUCACGACAGGCUGCUAGCCAAACAAGAGAGAUGAUCGACCUAGAAAUCAAAUUGGCCAAUAUAACAACAGACAUGGCAAGUCGACGAGACAGGAACAAGAUGUAUAACAGAAUGAGCGUCACUGAGUUAAGGCGACAAAUUCCUUUGUUUGACUGGAAUCGGUUUAUAAACGGUGUAUUUCGGGCAGUAGACAUACCCAUUCCAGAAUGGACAGAAAUAGUGGUUUAUUCACCUACUUACCUUAAAGAAAUGGUUAAAAUAGUCCGUAAUACACAUAGCAGGACUGUGGCUAACUAUCUAAUCUGGAGGUUGUUAAAAGACAGACUCAAUGAUUUACCUGAAGGAUACAGAGCUGUAGCUAGAAAUUACAAACGAGUUGUAUACGGUAUUAAGAGAGAGGAGCCAAGAUGGAAGAUGUGUGCAGAAUAUGUCAAAGAUACCUUGGGUCACGCUGUUGGAAGAAUGUUUGUCGAUCGCUACUUCGACGAGUCCUCAAAGGAAAAGGCAGUCGUGAUGAUCAGAUAUGUCGAAAAGGCCUUUAUGGAAAUGUUGCAAGACGCCAAAUGGAUGGAUAACGACACAAAAGACUAUGCUCUCAAGAAGGCUCAGAAUAUAUUAAAGAAGAUCGCCUACCCUGAUUGGAUUCUCAACAACUUUAAACUCAACAAUGAAUACCAAAAGGUUAACUUUAACGCAGAUUAUUAUUUUGAGAAUAUUCUGGCCUCAUUGAGAUUUGUGUCCAAGAAAUCCUUACUUCUGCUCCGAGAAUCAGUAAAUAAAACCAGAUGGGCAACAACACCUGCUGUAGUCAAUGCUUAUUAUGAACCUUCAGAAAACUCCAUUACUUUCCCUGCAGGAAUCUUACAACCGCCAUUUUACAGUAAACAUUAUCCAAUGUCUCUGGUAUUUGGCGGUAUUGGAAUGGUCAUUGGUCAUGAAAUAACACACGGUUUCGAUGAUGAAGGUCGACAGUUCGAUAGUCAAGGUAACUUGAGAUACUGGUGGAGUCGAGGAUCAUUGAGGAAGUUUACAGAGUUAGCUAAAUGUAUUGAUAACCAAUAUUCUAAUUAUUCCAUCAAUGGAGAACAUGUACGUGGAAAUCAAACAGUAGGAGAAAAUAUAGCUGAUAAUGGCGGAGUUGUCGCUGCUUAUAAAGCCUAUAAAAGUUGGAAAGAACAUGAAGAGAUGAGGUAUGGUCGACUGCCUGGUUUAAAUUUAACGGCUAAUCAACUUUUCUUUGUCAAUUUUGCUCAGAUUUGGUGUUCAGUGUCGUCACCGGAAGCAGAUAGAAAUACAUUAUUAACAGAUUCUCACAGCCCUGGGGCAUUCAGAGUAAUUGGUAGUUUAUCAAAUAAUGACGAUUUUGCAGAGGUCUUCGACUGUCCCAAAGGUUCGCCAAUGAAUCCUGUCAAGAAAUGUAAAGUUUGGUGAUUGGUUGAAAAUUCAAUAUGGAGGUGAACAUUCCGAGUCUUAACCAAUCAAAAUGUGCCUUUUAUUUAUCUUUGAAAAUCAGGGAUAGCAACAAACAACCACCUCUACAACUAUAUCUGCUUUAAGUGCAACAGCUGAGAAGCAGGGAAAAUUAUUUCCUGUACCCUCUGAAUCUAUACAAAAAUUUGAAGAUAAAUAGCGUUUUUCAACUC